AUGUUCGGCAUGAACCCCACUGAAGCUAUACCCGAUAGUCCCAUUGUCGGAGUUGGAAUAGUAGGAUGUGGCUUGGUAACCCAAGUCGUUCAUGUGCCAACGUUGAACCUCUUGUCUCAUCUUUUCCAUAUCACAUAUCUUUGCGACGUCUCUGAAAACGCUGUGAAACACAGCCAGUCCAGGGUUGCAUCUGCCUCUAGACCCAAGACUACGCAAAGCGUCGAAGAACUGUGCAACGCCCCGGAAGUACACCUGGUGUUGAUAGCGACCAAUCACGCUUUCCACGCGACCGACGCACUCCUUGCGUUGCAGGCCAAGAAGCUCGUCUUCAUCGAGAAGCCAAUUGCGUUGACGUUACAAGAUACGGAUCGCAUUAUUGCCGCCGACAAGGCUGCUGGGGGUUCGAAAGUCUUCAUCGGUUACAUGAGAAGAUACGCAGCGGCUUUCGUCGACGCUGUGAAAGAGGUUAGAAGUAUCGGACAGAUCCGUUAUGCUCGCGUACGAGACAUCAUUGGACCAAACUCGAUCUUCGUGGGACAGUCAGGCACAUAUCCAAGAACGUUUAACGAUUAUCGCGAGGUGGAUUCUGAAGCGCUACAGAUGAAGACACGAGAGGACGUUGCGCAAGCUCUUCAAGUCGAGCUUGGUGUGUCGGUCACGAAAGGGACGGACUUGAUGUGGCAUACGCUUUCCAUGCUUGGUUCGCAUGAUCUGAGCGCCAUGCGGGAGAUCAUUGGCAUGCCGAAAAGUGUCGUAGGAUUUUCACCUUGUGCUACGACCGGCUCACCGUUCUGGAGUGCAAUCUUCCAAUACCCCGAUUUCGUGGUUGCCUACGAGUCAGGCGUCGAUCAGGUGGCAAGAUUCGACGCUUCGAUCGAAAUAUUUGGUGACACUAAGACGGUCAAGGUGUGCAUCGAUACUCCGUUCGUCAAGGGUUUGCCAACAACCAUGAUUAUCAAGGAGACUUUGCCGGACGGAUCGUACAGGGAAUCCACUAUUCGGCGAACGUACGAAGAUCCUUUUGCGCUCGAGCUGAAGGCGGUGCAUGAAUGGGUCGUUAGUGGGAAGACUCCCAAGACCACUCCAAGCGAUGCAAGACAAGACCUUGAGAUCCUAGGGAUGCUCAUGAAGGCUGUUGCGACGUAG